UGAAUGAUAAUACAUGAUAGUAUAGAUUAGUAAAAAUUACCAAAUCAAAUAGUAAAAUCGCAACUUUACCAAUUAAUUUAUACUAUUUAUCAUUUAAUGACGUUAUUUACCAACUUAAACACUGAAAAAAAAAAAAAAAACGCUUUUUUCCAGUGAGCUGUAAAUUUUGGACGUAAAGUCCGAUUUUCCCAUGGACAAUAAAGUAUCAAUAUUGUGGAGUGGGCAAACCAAGAUGGCCAUGAAGAAAUCUAAUGUGACGAUUGAUUCAUUUUUAAGGAAUCCAACACGCCGGAGAAAAAUAUCUGCUUUAGAACGGGGAUUAAUGAUAUUUCCUGUUUGGGGAGUACUUUUACAUUUUGCAUCGGCAAGAAGUUUUGGUAAUAAUGUUCUAAAGUUGAGUUCAUGCAAUAGCACAAAUACAGAUAAUAUUUGUACGACGCCAGCAUGUAUUCAUACUGCCUCAAACAUCCUGAAAAAUAUGAAUCCAACUGUCGAACCUUGUGAUAACUUUUACAAAUUUGCUUGUGGAGGUUUUAUCAAUACGGUAACUAUUCCUGACGAAAAAGCUGAAAUGAGUGUAUUGAGUUAUUUAGAUGACGAGCUUCUAAAGCAACUCAGAAGAAGUAUAGACAGCCCGCGUUUAGCAGAAUCAAUUCGUCCAUUCAGACUUAUUAAAACCCUCUAUAACAGCUGCAUGAAUAGAAGUGCUAUUGAAGAACAAGGACUUACCCGAUUAUUGAGCAUUUUAAAAGAAUUAGGAGGCUGGCCAGUACUUGAAGGAGACUCGUGGAAGGAUGAUGAUUUUAGCUGGAUAUCAUCAAUCUACAAAUUCCGUGAAAUGGGUCUCUCCAUAGAAUAUUUCAUAAAUUUAUACGUUUCAGAAGAUCUCCGCAAUAGCACCAAAAGAAUUAUAAAUCUGGGUGAAGUGACAAUUGAAUUAUCACGAGACUCCUUAUUAAAAGGAUUGCAAGAUAAGGAUGUUAAAGAAUAUUACCAGUACAUGGUUGAUAUUGCAGUUAUUCUUGGUGUUGAGCGUGACCAGGCUGAACAAGAACUCAUGGAAUCCCUUGAAUUUGAGAUAAACCUUGCAAAUAUAACUCUACCAAAGGAAAAACGUCGUGACGUAGAUUUAUUUAAUAAUCCAAUGACAGUAGCUCAAUUAUCAGAGAAGUACCCCAGCAUACCUUGGAAAGAAUUUAUCAACACCAUGCUCGAGCCUCAUGCCCAAGUUGAUGAUAAUGAAAUAAUUAAUGUUGACGUACCUAGUUAUAUAUCUGAUUUUGAACAACUUAUAAAAAUAACGGCCAAGAGGGUACAAGCUAAUUAUGUUAUGUGGCGGGCCGUUUCUGCAUCAGUGGUGUACUUCAAUGACAAAAUUCGUGAAAGACAACUAAAGUACUUGACGACGCAGAAAGGACAAACUAAAAGAGAACCUCAGCCGAUAGAAUGCAUUAUUUCCGUAGCUAAAAAACUGCCAGUUGGGAUUGGAGCGUUGUAUGUACGAAAUUAUAUAUCCGAAGAUGUUAAGAAAAAUGCGGUGGAAAUGAUAUCCGACAUCCAAAAUCAAUUUAAGAAAAUUUUACAAACAAUUGACUGGAUGGAUGAAAAAACCAGAAAGAGUGCUCUUGAAAAGGUUGCGGCAAUAACGAGUCAUAUUGGGUACCCAGAUGAACUUUUGGAUGAUUCAAAAUUAGAAGAAUUUUACGAAAAACUAAAACUUGAGGAAAAUUCAUCUUACCUAGAGAAUAUUCUGGAUGUGAACUUAUUUAACAAAGAAUAUUUAUUCAGUCAAUUAAGAAAACAAGUAAACAAGACACAUUGGGUAUCAUAUGCCGACGUAGCUGUUAUUAAUGCGCGUUAUUAUCCAUUUCAGAACAGCAUGACUGGUAUCUUUCAAGACGCUUUGUUUAACAUUGACCGACCAAAAUAUCUAAAUUAUGGUGCUAUUGGAUUUGUAAUUGGUCAUGAAAUUUCCCACGGCUUCGAUGAUAUUGGAAGAAAGUUUGAUAAAGAUGGUAAUGUGGUAAAUUGGUGGGCAUCAUCAACUGAGAAGAAUUAUCUCAAUAAAGUCGAUUGUAUAAUUAAACAGUACGGUAAUUAUACAAUAGAAGAAAUUAAAAUGAAGAUAAAUGGAAUAAACACCCAAGGCGAGAAUAUCGCUGACAUUGUAGGCAUGAAAACAUCAUAUUUAGCUUACACAGAGUGGGCUAAACAAAAUAAGCCAGAGCCAGUGCUUCCUGGAGUUCCGUACACGCCAAAACAAUUGUACUGGAUUAAUACCGCAAACACAUUUUGUUCUGUGAUCCGACCUGAAGAAUUGAAACGGAUAGUCAGUUUUAAUGCCCACAGUCCACUGGAGUUCCGUAUACGUGGACCGAUGUCAAAUUUAAAAGAAUUUGCAAAUGAUUUUAAUUGCCCCUUAGACUCACCAAUGAAUCCACAACAUAAAUGCGUCGUAUGGUAAUCAUUUAAGGUGGUUCGGACGCUACAUAUAAUGCAUGCUAUUGCUGUAUUUUUAUUGUGCUAGUGUUGUCUCUUUCACAAACUAUUGUCAUCUUACUUGUACGUAUGGUUUUGUCAUAGGCCUCGAUUUUUCCCAUCAAGAUAUUUUUAAAACCCUUCGUCUGAAUUUUUUCUCUUAGUUUCCACAUAAUCUAUAAGAAUCGAUU